CUUCUCGUGUUCCUUCAGAUGAUAUGGAUCACAGUAUACCAAUAGUGAAAGGUGCAACUGGAAAGUGUGGGGUAUGUCUGGGCCUUUGUUUGUGAUUUCGGAUAGGCAAUCCAAGGUGGUAAUCCAGCUUGCGCUUGGUGCAACAGGAGGAUUGACUCAAACUCUGAGGUUGGGUUUUAGUAGACAGCGAACGAACUACUGUACCAAGAAGAACAAGAUAUGAGAGGAACCCCAAGAGCAAACUGAACAGUGUGCCCUACCGGUACGUUUAAUAGCUCAUUGUCGAGUCUAUGGACUACUGUACUAGCUAGAGUACAUGUACUCGGUUGAGAGGAGUAAGAAUGUGGCGCUUCCACCAAAUUUUGCUCGCCCGCACCCCGCACAUCGUGGCCGUGGAGGUUCCACGUCAUUGGCCCAGAUCAACAAACAAAACACGCUAAACCGUGCCUUCUGCUUUCGCUCUGGAGUUUGCGAGAAACGUGAAAAAUAGUAGUCAUGAUCACAAUGGCAACAGACAAUCGAGCCGCACCGUCGCUGUCAUAUUGAACCAAAACGUACACAAGAGGAUCAUCAAGGGAAAGCACCAUGUCCGAGACGGAGAUUAAACCAGAUGCUGAUAGUGCUGCUGACGGCGCAAAGGUGAAUGGAGACUCCAAGGCGGCUAAAACAACCACUAUGGAGGUCGACAAGGAUUCGAAGGAAGUGCCAAUGACUGACAAGCCCAGCAAUGACGACGGGGCUGAUAGCAAAGCGGCAGGCACCCCUCCUGGAGAGAAUGGCUCCAAUGGCGCAAAAAAGGUGUCGCCAUCCACGGCAGCAGGAGAGUCCGCCAACGCGGCUGAAUCAGUCCAAGCAGCCGAGAUUGCCAAAGUUCCUUCCAAGGAGCCAUCUGAAGAGGAUUUCGUAGACGAGGAUGACGUUGAUAAGACAGAAGAGGCACUGUUCUGUAGUCUGGAAAAAGAGAAGGAAAAGGAGGACAUGGAAGAAGCCCUCCAUCCGUCAGACAAACCCAAGGCAGCCCCCACGUUGGUAGCAGCAGCCAUCAAGAGUGGUGAUCUCAAGCCCGACGACGAGGACAAUGCUGCCGGCAAGGAGGACAAGAAGAAAGAGGACGAGGAUGCUGCAGGUGAAAAGCACCAAAACCAACUAGAGUUUCUACUCAACAAAGCUUCCCAAUACUCUAGCUUCAUUUCCAGAGACUUGGACGAGCUGCAGGCUGCCAUGACUGCGGAUGCUCAGAAAGCCGUAGACAAGGCGGAAAAGAAAAGCCAGAAACGAAAAGGCGAAGGCAAGGGAGGCAGAGGAAGCAAAAAAUCAAAGAAAAAUAAUGGAGCCAGUGCGGAUGCCCUCAAGUCAGCCCAGCUCAAAGAUGCCAAAAACCGAAAAGGUGGAGAAAAGAUCAUCUUUACGCAACCGCCCAAUCUGGCCAAGGGAUGUGUUUUGAAGGGUUAUCAAUUGGAAGGAGUCCGUUGGUUGGCGUCGCUCUUUGAGAAUGGAGUCUCUGGAAUCUUAGCGGAUGAGAUGGGUCUCGGGAAGACUAUCCAAGUGAUCGCCUUGAUUGCUCACCUUUUGACACAGGGAGUGAAUGGUCCCUUCCUCGUCGUUGCACCCCUUGCGACACUUCCUAAUUGGGUUCGUGAGUUUGAAAAGUGGUUGCCUGAACGGCCAGUUGUGCGAUAUCAUGGAACGGGGCCAGAAAGGGAGCAAAUGAUGAAAACGCAUAUGAAUCCCAAGAUGAGAAAGACGCCAACUUUUCCAUUCAUCGUGACGUCGUAUGAAGUGGCUAUCCGAGAUCAAACCAAGCUGGAAAAGCUGUGCAACUUCACCUAUCUCAUUGUAGAUGAAGGGCAUAGGCUGAAGAAUCAUCGCUGUACUCUGCUUUCGUCAUUGAAGCGGUUGAAAGCGGACAACAGGUUGUUGCUGUCUGGAACACCCAUUCAGAAUACGCUUGACGAGCUGUGGAGUCUUUUGAACUUUGUCAAUCCGAACAUCUUUGACGAUCUGUCAGUGUUCCAAUCAUGGUUUGGAUUCAAAGACAUUGGUCAAAAGAAUCGGGGUGGAACAGACGAACAAUCCAUCGUUUUGGAGCAGCGAAAGAACCAAACAGUGACAAAGCUGCAUGAGAUCCUGCGUCCUUUCCUCCUCCGUCGUAUCAAAGCCGAUGUUUUGCAGGAGAUGCCCCCUAAGCGGGAGGUUAUCGUGUAUUCUGGAAUUUCAAAGCUGCAGGCCGGGUACGCUGACCUCAUCGAGAAAGGAACACUACGCGACACUCUCAUGAACCAAGGUAUCGAGCAAGGCAGGACCUUAAGUCAGACCAACAAAAUGAUGAACCAUCGGAAGAAUAUCAAUCAUCCUUUCCUCUUUGGUGAACCUAUUGACCCGGCAACUGGUAUUCAUUUGGGAACCUCUCACCCACAGCUUCUUGUCCGAGCCAGUGGAAAGUUUGCCUUGUUGGACAGGAUGCUAACACGUCUUCACAAGGAUGGGCAUCAAGUCUUGGUCUUUAGUCAAAUGACAGCCGUCCUCAACAUCCUGGAAGAUUACAUGCUCUUCCGAAAGUGGAACUACUGCCGAAUUGACGGAAGCACAAAGAUCGACGAACGACAGAGACAAAUGGAUGUCUUCAAUGCGGAAAAGACCAGUGGGAAAAAUGGAACCAGGAACGAAGCUGAUGAUCGUGUGUUUGUAUUCAUGCUGAGUACGCGUGCAGGCGGACUGGGAAUCAACCUUACGGGUGCUGAUACCUGCAUCAUCUUUGAUAGUGAUUGGAAUCCUUUUAGUGAUGCACAGGCCAUGGACCGAUGCCACAGAAUGGGACAAACCAGACCUGUCGCCAUCUACCGCCUGCUCACUACGAACUCUGUCGACAUUGUCAUGAUGGAGAAGCAAAUCUCCAAGAAGAAGUUGGAGCGUAUGACGAUUGCUGGUGGUGACUUUCGCAAAGCCGGUCGUCGUUCCAGAGGAGAUUUGACGUUUCAGGACCUUAGUUCGUUGCUGAAGAGUGAUGUUCAGGACUUGCAGGCCAAGGGAGGCGACGUUGAGGACAUCAAGAUCAGUGAUGAAGAGUUUGAACUGAUUAUUGACCGCAAGAAGCUGUUCGGGACAGGCGCCGACGCAAUUCCUGGUGAAGGAAAGAUGUAUGAUUGCAUCGAAGCCGAGGGUGGCGACUUGCUCGGUACGAUGGGCACUAAAUAGAAUCAUAGAGCCCCGCAAGAGCCAAAAGCAGGAUAAAAGGUCCCAAAUUCUAGGAAAUACCGUAGUUCAUCACUAACCUCGGUGCUGGCUGGUCCCAGUACAUACCUAUUUCAAUAACUAGUCAUGCUCGAUCUUUUUAAAAAUUUAAUUGGACUGAUGUGAUGUCCUCAGCGAAGUCCUUCACAUUACGACUUCCCGUGCCUUUCUGCGUACAAUUGAUCGAUCUUCAUCACGGCUUUGAGACCUGUUGACAUGAUUGGGGUGAUGUUUUUCUGGAUGGUGGGGUCUGUGGUGGAAGGGAAAUCCGGGUUGAUGCGCACUAGCGAAGCUCUGCCACCUUUAUCGAGGAGAUCCCGAAUGAAAUAUUCAGAAGUGUUUCUGCAAGUUGCCACCGUCGUACCACACCCAACUUCAACGAUACAGACAUUAACACUUGUGGCCAUCUCAACAAUUGUCUCCCUCCACAGAUCCCAUCUAAUCUCCUGAGACAAAUCCCAUUUCCACCCGUGGUCUCCAAACAUGAGGAUGCUGGGCCUCGCCAGCCGUGAAAGACCCAACUUUUGGCAAUGACCACAUUUUGGCCAGUUGGAUUCACUGUCGUCCUGAUACCAACCGACCUUGUCAGAUGAUUCUGGUAGAUUCAAAAGUCCGCCGUUGCGGAGACUGGUGUCACUCGCCUCGCGCUUCUUGGAGGGGGCCAGCAUUGUUUCCUGGUCAACAUUAAACAUGAAUUCAGUGGGGGCCCUCCAAAUACCCGAGUCACAAUCCCUAUCCGAGCACUGCCACAGCUCGACGCUUCCGUGACAAUCAUGAAUUUCGUGUGCUUCAAAGACGUCAUAGUGGUGGGCAUCUACGUUGGAUGUAAAGGCAAAGAACGCUCCAGAAGUCCCAUCCGCUUCGUAGGGAGUUUGUCGCUUUGUUUUUUCAUCUUGAAAGGGACAGCGCGCCUCCACUUUUUCCUUCACUCUGUCACGGAUCUUGUUUGCCACCAUGUGACCAUUCGCUUGGUUCUUGUCGUCGCGCCAUCGCGCCACGAUAUCAAACCCUUCGUGGGGCUUGGUUGUUCGAUAGGUAUUAAACGCAUCGCCCCAAAAACCAUAAAACAACUCUGGAUCUUUGACGAUCAAUUCCGGCUUGGAGGCAUCAGCGUACUGCAUACCGCGCUUCUGGUAUGCAGGGAUCUUUGCGACUUCCGCGAACACCUUGAGGCCGCUGUCCGCACCCCAUCCAGCUCCAGUCACCAGGACAAGAACAUCGGCCUCGGCAAUCGCGUCGGCUGCCUUUUCACACUGAUCCUCGAACUGCUGGGAUUGGUUGAGGAACUCGUCGUUGCUGCUGUUCAUUUUUCUUCUUUUGGUCGACUUCCAGUUUGCAAAGUGACUUCUAAAGUUUUGUGUGGCAAAGCAUGGCAAAACAAAUGGACUGUUUGGGGUCUGGAUCUGAGACCCGGGAGUUUCUGGAAACGUGAAUACCGGUACUUUCACGGUGUCGAAAGGGGGUUAGGGUUUAGUAAGAU